AUGGCGGCACAAUUUUUCCGCGGCACGGGAACCAAAGCUGCCCGUGUCUCGCGUGAGAACAUCUGUGGGCCCACCAUCGUGGGCCACUCCGCACAGAACGUAAAGGAUGUCGCAUACUUGGGGAAAAAUUCCGUCGCCGGGGCCGGGAACUUGUCAGUUAUCGGCCGACCGCUGUGUGUCAACGGAACACCGUGGAUGUUUUAUCUGUUCCAGGAGUGCGUUGAGAAUGUUUGGGAAUAUUGGAGUGUAGUUAUUAGUCUCAUCUCUAUGCUUUGUUUUCUGUUGUCCACGCUGCCGCAGGUUUAUGAAUCAUAUAGGAGUGGCAAGGUGGACGAGGCUAUGUCAGCGGGCUUUGUGCUUUUCCUUCUCGGUGGGGAUUUCAGCAACUUCGCCGCAUGUUACCUGACCAAACAGCUUCCCAUUCAGAUUGUCACUGCUGUAUUCUACAUAUACACUGAUGCCAUACUCGUCUCCCAGUUCUACUACUACAAGAUCAAAAACAGCUUUAACAAAAUGUUUGACAUGGAUGAGAAUGACUGUAACUGGUGUUUCUCACAGGCACAAAUUGCCACUGACUGUACGGUGAUGACUGGACACGUGUUUGGAUACCUCUCCACCUUAUCCUUCCUCUGCUCACGCUUCCCGCAGCUCUACAAAAACUAUAAGAGGCAGUCUACAGAGGGGACCUCGUACCUGCUCUUUGCUCUGGCCAUGUUAGGGAAUGGGACAUAUGCAUUGAGUCUGAUAGUGAUUCUUCCUGCACUCACACCCGCUGCCAGGGCACCCUUCAUCCUAAACCGACUGGCAUGGCUCAUUGGCAGCUUUGGCCUCCUUUUCCUCGAUGUCCUUGUCACAGCCCAGUUCAUUAUGUACAGAAAGAACAAAUCCAGUAAAACGGAACAGCAGUGGAACUUUCCAGAAGUGGAACCUCUACUUUGCGAGGAAGAUGAGCUAUGAAA